AGAUCUGGGCACAGGAGGGCAGAAUCUUAAGCAGUUGGCUAAACAACAUUUCUGUUAUAUAUUUAGCUUAUGAUGACACCCAGGCAGUAGUUCGUUUUGUCGCAGGGGUGUAGAUUUUGCUUAAUUCUCCCUCCAUUAUUUUGUUUACUGAUACGAUGAAACACUGGAGUAAAUAAGUGCUGUUAAAAGAAAAAAAAAAAGGCACUGCUAAAAGCUAAGAGCGAGCUAAUGAAGUGCUUUCUACUUGCAGUUCUCUCAAUGCUGCUUGUCUUCAGACGAGGGGAGCUUUGAGAGCACCAUGUCCUGCUCUGGCAACUUGAUUUGGGAUGUGAGGAAACGCUCCAUCGGUUACAGCGACCCGAAUGUUUUCCGAACCAGCUAUCUGGGCAGAAGAGAAUUUGUGCAACGUCUGAAGCUUGAAGCUAUACUUAAAGUGCAUGAUGGCUGUGUUAACACCAUAUCUUGGAAUGACACAGGAGAGUACAUCUUAUCAGGAUCUGAUGACACUAAUUUGGUCAUCACAAACCCCUACAACAGAAAGGUCAAAGCAACAAUUCGUUCAGGUCACCGGGCCAACAUUUUUAGUGCAAAGUUCAUGCCCCACACUAACGACCAGCAGAUUGUGUCCUGUUCAGGAGAUGGCAUCAUCUUUUACACACACACAGAGAAGAGUCCAGACAUCAACAGGCAGUGCCAGAUGACCUGCCACUAUGGAACUGCAUAUGAGAUAAUGACUGUUCCAAAUGACCCAUACACCUUUCUGUCCUGUGGGGAGGAUGGCACAGUCAGGUGGUUUGACCUGCGCAUGAAGACAAGCUGCACGAAAGAGGACUGUAAAGAUGAUAUUUUGAUUAAUUGCCGAAGAGCUGCAACUUCGAUAGCAAUUUCACCCCUUGUGCCCUACUAUCUUGCUGUGGGAUGCUCGGACAGUUCAGUAAGAAUCUAUGACCGACGAAUGCUUGGUACUAGAGCUACAGGUAACUACGUGGGGCGAGGAACAACAGGCAUGUGUGUGCGAUUCGUCCCUGCCCACUUGUCCAACAAGUCCUGCCGUGUGACAUCCCUGUGCUACAGUGGCGAUGGGCAAGAGGUUCUGGUCAGCUACUCCUCCGACUACAUUUACCUGUUUGAUCCCAAAGACGACCAGGCCCGAGAGCUGAAAGGUCCAUCUGAGGAGAGGAGAGAGGAGCUAAAGCAACCCCCAGUGAAACGCUUGCGUCUGAGAGGAGACUGGUCAGAUACUGGACCCCGUGCUCGACCCGAGAGUGAAAGAGAACGAGAUGGAGAACAGAGCCCCAAUGUGUCUCUGAUGCAGAGGAUGUCAGACAUGUUAUCACGUUGGUUUGAGGAGGCCAGCGAGGCCCAGAGUAGCAGAGCUCGUCCACAAACUCGGCCAAGAGGUGUGGCAGCUCAGACACUGGGGACGGCUGCAGCUUCAGAGAGCCCCUCUCAGGAGCCUCUGGGGGCUGAGGGCCCCAUGGAGGUAGAGUCCACUACCUCUGACCAUUCCGCCCCACCUGCCUCGGACUCCGCUUCAGCUCCAGCGUCAGCCUCGGCCCCAGCGUCAGCCUCAUCUUUGGCAAAGCCCCUCCCCAAAUCCAUCUCCUCAGGCUCUUCCACUGUGACAGUCCUGCCUCCCUCCACCUCUUCCUCUAUGGACAACACUGCCUCAUCCUCUUCCCUGCUGUCCUCUCCAGACUCAGAAGAGCAGAAGAGCCAGGCUGAGGUGAUGACCACCAGCUCAGCCACACCUACCUCUUCGACAGAGCCUGUUCUGUCUGACUAUGGUCCCCACAGGCUCCCGGUAAGUUUAGUGUGUAGACGUUUGCAGAGGCUCCUGCUUCUGGCUGACCCCCCUGGGCAAGGCCAGCGUUCAGCCUCUCGGGCCUCAGGCAGUCGAGCCCAGGGUCCUGAUCCACAGACCCGCCCACCAGCAGAUUCCCCUUCGUCUGCAGUAAACAAACAGCUUGGAUCCAUGACUCUGGAUGAGAAGCCUGGAAGCACUGAAGCAUCAGUGAAUGUUUUCUGUGAUAUGAGUGCAAGUAUCGGCCAGGCUUCUGCUGAAGAUGGCACUGGAACCUGCUCCUCAACUCCUGCUGCUGAAGAUAGCAGUGAAGCCUCUUGCUCAACUCCAGCUGCUGAAGAUGACCCUGGAGCCUGCUCUUCAACCCCAGCUGCUGAAGAUGACCCUGGAGCCUGCUCUUCAACUCCAGCUGCUGAAGAUGACCCUGGAGCCUGCUCUUCAACUCCAGCUGCUGAAGAUGACCCUGGAGCCUGCUCUUCAACUCCAGCUGCUGAAGAUGGAGCUGGAAGUGGCAGUGGGACUGGAAUAAGGGGCUCUGGUACUGGGCGAGUGGCGACAGCAGCAGGCACACCUGAGCCCGUCCUGAGCCUGCAUUACAGCACAGAGGGUACCACCACCAGCACCAUCAAAUUAGACUUCACUGAUGAAUGGAGUAACCUAGCAUCUGGCUCCAAAACUGGUGGUGGAGGACAAAAGCCUGCUCAAGCGAGGGAGAAUCAGGAGCCUGCAGCAGGAAGCCCACAACAGGCUUUAGCAGAGACUGUGCCAGAGCAGAGCAAGAGCUCAGAAAGUGGCACUGAGAGGGCCUCAGGAAGCUCUCAGGGAAGCACAUUACUUCAAGACCCAGCCAUUUCAGAGACUCCACCAACAGCAGAAGGUUUCAAGAGGACUGAACCAGGUGGAGAGGGUACUCGGAGCUCCACUCAACCUUCACGCAGUAACCAGGACUCGGAUGACAGCGAUGACGACCCGAUUCUCAUCCCCUCAGCCAGGUACAGAGGAGCUCAGGGACAAAGGUUUAAUUUCAGAGGCUCUGCAAUAGGUGAUAGGAUGAUCAGGCGCUCAGCAGCAGCCCGUAUCCAGGAGCUCUUGCGCAGGAGAAAGGAGAGACGUGAGCUGGAGGAGAGCGAGACUCAGAACAUCAGACGCCCUACAUUCAAAAUGAUGUACAAGGGCCACCGCAACUCCAGGACCAUGAUAAAGGAGUCAUGUUUCUGGGGAAAUAACUUUGUCAUGAGUGGCUCAGACUGCGGCCAUAUUUUCAUCUGGGACAAGCAUACAGGAGAGCACCUGAUGCUUCUGGAGGCUGAUAAUCAUGUAGUUAACUGUCUGCAGCCUCACCCUUAUGACCCAAUUCUUGCCUCAUCUGGAAUUGACUAUGACGUCAAAAUCUGGUCCCCACUUGAGCAGUCACCUUCUUUUAACAGAGACCUUGCUGAAGAGGUAAUAACUCGUAAUGAACUGAUGCUGGAAGAGACAAGAAACACCAUUACUGUCCCUGCCUCCUUCAUGCUCCGAAUGCUGGCUUCACUCAAUCACCUCCGGACAGACCGAUCCGAGGGUUCUGGACAAGAGAACGAAGAUGAGCAGUAGCUCUGCUGAGUUUCUAUCCCCUCACUCCUCCCUCACCCACAAAACAAUCAGCAUCAUUUGCUUUAAAACGUUUGAAUGAAUAUUUGAGAUUUGUACAGGCUGUGUAGAAUAUUCCCUUGUUAGAUCCAUUUGUAGUAUUCAUUUUUUUAAAAGAUGACUAUUCUACUGAUUACUUCACAUGGGAGUAAAUUGUAUCUGUGGGGAAAGAUAAUUUGCAGGAUAUAAAAAUAUAUAAAUAUAAUAUAUAAAAUGUGACCGAGGUGGCUAGAUGGUGGAUGCUUGAGAAUAUUUGAAGGCAAUAUUUCCAUUGUGCAAAUGGUCUAGCUUUGGGCAGUGUUGUGUGAAAUUUUCUAGUUUUGUAGACUUUAAAGCAUGAUUUUAUGUUUGACAUGCAUAAGUUUCUCUUCCUUAAAAAAGGGUUGCUACAA